AUGUAUCAUCGUCGGGAUCGUUUGCCAAAACUAUGUCAAUACGAGUUAAUAGACUCCACGUGUAAAUUCAUUGGCACUAAACUUCAGGUACAGAUUCGCAAACAGUUCCCAUCCAUUGAUGAUAUCAUAGGCGAUGAUUUCAACAAAGACUUGAGAAUUGAAUUACAGAAUCAGAAACAACAAUACAUUGAAGGCAUUGCUAUAAUGGAUAACUUUACUCAACUAAAGUCUUUAAAAUAAAAGAUUUCCUAAAAAUGGUUAAAAAUAUAAUUAA